AUGUCCGCCGCCGCCCACCAGCCGCGACCCGACUUCAAAAAGGCCGAGUCUUCGCGUCCGCCCGCGACCCCGGCCUCCUUCACCGUCACGAGGACCAUCCUGCCGGACUGGACGUUUGGCGGCGGCGCAAACACCCCCGAGCAGCCGCCGCCGCCGCCGCCGCCGCCGCACGUCUCCAUCGACCCGUACGAGCCCGGCCGCCCGCCCCAGUUCAACUACAAGCUCCUCAUCUCGAGCAUCGUCCCGCGCCCCAUCGCCUUCCUGUCGACCCGGUCGGGCCGCGACGGCGCCACCAACCUCGCGCCCUUUAGCUACUUCAACAUGGUGAGCCACGACCCGCCGCUGUUCGUCGUCGGCUUCUCCAGCCCCCUCGCGUCCGCCAAGGACUCCCUCAGGAACCUCGUCGACACGGGGGAGUGCGUCAUCAACAUCAUUUCCGAGCCCUUUGUCGAGGCCGCCAACUCGACCAGCAUCGACGCCCCGUACGGCACGUCGGAGUGGCCCGUGAGCGGCCUGACCGCCGAGGAGUGCGACGUGGUCGGGUGCCCCAGGGUCGGGGAGGCCGUUGUCAGCGUGGAGGCCAAGCUCGACAUGGUCAAGGAGUGGGAGAGCAGGGUCUCGGGCAACAAGACCGGGACCAUGGUCGUGCUGGAAGGGGUCAGGUUCUGGGUGAGGCAGGACGCCCUCAACGAGGACAGAAACAUGGUCGAUCCUGCGGUCUUGAGACCCGUCGCGAGGAUGGGAGGCAUCACGUACGCCAGGACAAUGGAAGCCUUUGAGCUGCCAAGGCCCAGGUUUGAGCAAGACCUCGGCGGACACGAGGGACUGGAAAGGGUCAAGAAUCGCAAAUGA